AUGGGGAAGGUUCCCCUAACGGUAUUCGAGAGAGGGGGGGAAGACGGCGUGGGAACUUUAUUAAAGAGCGGUUACAAAAGGAGUCCCAAAGGGUGCCUAGGACACUCAACCUGCCGAUCUGUUCCAAGCAUUCCAGACGGAGCUGCCAAUAGCCGAGAGGCUCUUGUUUACAGGGUCGUUAUAAACGCCAUGUGCCAUGAAUCAUCGGAUCGUAUGCCAUCAACGCGGCCGCAUAUGUUGCUAUUCCUGUCACCUUUCGGUAUGCACCUCUAUCAGGCGGGGUCACACCUAGUAUCGCCACGACCUGCGGGCUCGGGUGACAACAUCCCGGCCGGUGUGACUGUGUUUGGUUGCGGGUAUGAGACCCGCACGGUGGCAACCAUCCCACGUGACACAAUGCUGCGGUGA